AUCCUACAGUUAGAAAUGGCCAAGAGUUGCAGGGUAGAGGAUGCGAUGCUGAUGUUCGACAAAACCACCAACAGGCACAGAGGGUUUGGCUUUGUCACCUUUGAGAAUGAAGACGUUGUGGAGAAAGUCUGUGAGAUUCAUUUCCAUGAAAUCAAUAAUAAAAUGGUAGAAUGUAAGAAAGCUCAGCCGAAAGAAGUCAUGUUCCCACCUGGGACAAGAGGCCGAGCCCGGGGGCUGCCAUACACCAUGGAUGCGUUCAUGCUUGGCAUGGGGAUGCUGGGCUACCCCAACUUUGUGGCAACCUAUGGCAGAGGCUACCCCGGAUUUGCUCCUAGCUAUGGCUACCAGUUCCCAGCCCUAUUACCAUAUUUAAAUGCAAGCUUCCCAGCGGCGGCUUAUGGACCAGUGGCGGCGGCAGCUGUGGCAGCGGCUCGAGGAUCAGGACCUGCACACGUCCUCUCAGACACUCUUCUGAGCACGCUCAGCAGGAAGGUUUGUCCACACCUGUUAACCUCUCUCAGUGUCCAGCUUCCUGUUAGUAUCAGCUGGUUUGCAUGUUUUGCUUGUUCAGAUGAAACAGUUCAAGAAACAAACUCAUAUCCAACUCUCGAGAAAUGUCUCUCUCUCUCUCUCUCUUUUUUUUGUACACUUUACGUUUCUCUCUCUCUCUUUUUUUUUUUAUCAGUUACAACUCCAAAACACCUGUUGUCUAGUAAAACAUUUCACACCUCCCUUGCCUGUUCUUAGAUUGUAUGUAUCUGUGGGACUGAACUAAAUGCAUGCACUGUAGUAGAUGUCCUGGUAGCUGUAGCUGUAGUUGUAGAACAUGCAUUGUUGAGUUGAUAUUACAGGGCCUCCGAAGGCGCGGCCCAACACCGCUGUCCGAAGGGGAGUACGGGGACCAGGAAGAGAGGGGGGUUCCAUGUUUUCAAUGUCGCCAAGGGCUUGGAUCCAUGUUCUCGCCAUCAGCCACCACCACCUCUCCUCACGCUCUCCACUGGGUCACCACCCUCAGCUCUAGCCUGCCCGAUGAGAUCCGUGUUCACCAUAGCGAAAGCAAGGGGAGCCAGAGUUGGAAGGAACCACCCUGUUCUUCUGAGUUCUUCUCUUCCCCACACUGUUCUUGACCAAAGCAACAGAUCUUUUCUUGUUUUGAAGGCCAUCAGCCAGGCUCCUCUGAGCCCAGCUUCUCCUUGAGCCCUUCAGGGACACAGGUCCCUAUGGGGGAAAAAAAAAAUCAGCGGGUGGAGGGAAGUAAGGUGUGGUAAGGAAGAGACUGAGAGCUUUGACCCUGGUAGAUGCUGGCAUUGGCUCUUAUGAGUGGUGACGGCAUGAGCGAUGGCCCGGCAGCCCUCGUGGUGGUGACUGGCACAGCGUCUCAGGGAAGAAAGAAGCAUGAUAGGCCUGAGACAGCCACAGAAGAGCUCCUAUUCUCCCUACGACUCCCUAGAAAUGUUUUUUUUCUGGAGGGAGCCUUUAUCCUCCACUUGGGGCAUGUGUGGGCAAGCAUCUUUGAACACUCCAUCUUCUCUGCCUGUAUAACAAGCCUUAAAGGAGUUCCAGACGGCCCAGAACUUCUGUCCCUAACUUUCUAAGACCAUAUGAAGUAAGAACAGCACUUACUACGUAGUGCAUGUCAAGUCAGGGUGGACAGUGGCUCUGGCCAAACCCUACAGUCAGAUGGGCAUUAGGCAGAAUCUGUAGAAUCAAGUUAUCUAUCAUGGGACACAGAACUCAGGGAAAAAAGUCACCAAGCCCCAUAACAUCUUCAAAAGGCUAUGUCAUGCUAGAAUGAAAUAGAAGCCUCUUGGGGGUGGGGAGCUGUGACACUCUGGCAGAGUUAGAACACGAAAGAGCUGAGCAUGCGCCAGGCCAGACAGAAUGAGGACACAAAGGUUCCAGGUGGAAAAAUCCAGGAAGGGCCAUCCUUCCAGCAUGGUCUCCCUGGGGACAGGGGAAGCAGGCAACAGAAAAUGGCUGGGACAAGGCUUCAGUGCUGCUGCCCAUGCAAACUGACCUAGGGCUAUCAAAGAAGAGUAGCAAAUGGGAGCAGAAACUAGAGAGCAGAACCCCAGGCUACCAACCUGUAUCCUGCAUCCUGGGACAGCUCUGGUGCCUAUAGAACCCUCAGAGUUUCAGCCCAGGAGGCAAGUGGGCAGACCAGUGUGCCUACCACAGCACCCUAAGGCCUCUCCUAAACCAGCAGAGGAGGUUAGGGCCCAAGAAACUGACAUGGACAUCCCAGCCCUUCUGAGAUGGCUCUGGGUCUCUGCAGUCACCUUUGUUCAAGUGUCUCAAAGCUUUCCAUCCUCCCACAUAAGCAGAAAUCUUGUGGCUUUCAGGAGGGUCCCUAUUUCCUGACAGUGUAGUGUCUGGGCUGACAAGAGCCACCUCUGACUUCAUUAUAAAAUGGAGAAGUGAGCUAGGGAAACUGUUUAGUGGGUAAAGUACUUGCCACGCAUACACGAGGAUCUGACUUCCUCAAGCCCUAAAAUUCAGAAAAGCCCAAUAUAGCAGACUGUGACAGCACAUACCUACAACCCCCCAGCACUAGGUGGGCAGACAGGCAGAUCCUGGAGGCUCAUGGGACAGCCAGUCUAGUUAAA